AUGCAUGAAAUUCUGCUGUAUGAGGACACACUGGGCGUUGACAUAAAGCUUGAAAAGAAUGGUUUUGACGUUAUUCAUCCUCCAGACGUUCCCGUAAAGCCUAUCGAAAUGGGACUGAAGAAGCUGUUUUAUGAUGUCGAGUUCACCAAAUGUCUUCGUUUAUCUACACUGCGAUUACGAUGUCCUGCUUCGCAAGAAUUGACUUUAACUCCAGCUCAAUUUGCUCUUCUUCACGAAAGGAAGCUGGCUGUCACUCGUAGCGUUGGAUUGGCUGACAUAUUGAUGGACUACAACUGUCAGGCCUGCAUGUUCGGCACGUACGAAAGUGUUUUUGCUGGAAGAACAGCAGUAAUACAACUGUUUGACGAGAAUGGUUUAGGCCCAUUCGAAAUCAAGUCGGCACUCAUGACGAAUCCGAAUUUUGACACAAGUCAUUUUAUCGCGCAAAUUCAGUCUACCGACCAGUCGGGUUCAUCUAACUCAUUCGGAAAUGGAUCACAACCAACAACAUCCGACUUAGUGUCACCUGUUGUAGAGCCUUCGUCGAUGAUUCUAGAAGACCAAAGAAAGAGUAUAAGAGGAGCGAAUAAACGGCGUAUAGAGCAGCUAACCGGAUGCAGCAUCCUGCUUCAUACGGAAAAGAAAGAGUACGGAGAGUUCCCAGUUGAAGUCUUUGCUUCUUCCUCUAAACGCUGUGAAACAGCACGUCGGCAUAUCUUAUGCUUCCUUGCUAGUGGUCAGGCCACCGUUGAUGAAGUGGCUGCUAAAUUAGCAGGGGUAAAAAACAAAGAGGUUUGUCCUCAUAAUAUCGCUCUUUCACUUGUAACGGAAGCUCAACAUCGCCUAGAAAUCAACCGCUUCCCAGCUCAACAGGAUAUGGACGAAAAUUUCGAAAAAGUAAUGAAAAUUGUACAGAGGUUUCGAAAAGAACCGCAAAACUGGCCAAUUGAAGAGCAACCAUUUGGCAUCAUUGAGCGAACUUUUGUUGAGAUUAACCGCUUCCCUGCUCAACAGGAUAUGGACGAAAAUUUCGAAAAAGUAAUGAAAAUUGUACAGAGGUUUCGAAAAGAACCGCAAAAGUGGCCAAUUGAAGAGCAACCAUUUGGCAUCAUUGAGCGAACUUUUGUUGGUACUAUGAUGCAUCCUGUAGAGCUACGACCAGAGAGAGGGUUUGUUAACAUGGUACCAAUGGGUUUCAUGGUGCUUCGUCACUUUUUCAGAAAAAUUCGGGCGAAAGGAAAUUUCGGGAUAUUCAAAUCCACGGGUAUAUUUGAAGAAGAAGAGGUACGACAAGGAGCAAAACGUGUAUUUGAAGUUAUCAGUCAACAUGCUACCAAAGAUAAUAUGAAGGAUUUGGUGAGGAAUAAUGUGUGCGGUGACGAUCUCAUAACCCGCUUUGAAGGGGCUAGCAGCCAUAUGAGUGCGAAGCAGCGGGAGUUACUCAAUUUGACCGAAAAGGAUAUCUACGCUAUAGCACCUGGGGUCUUAGGACCUUUCCAAAUAAUUCGACCUGUAGCGCGAAACGGAUCUCCCUACAUCAGUUACAGCCUUCUGUGUUGUGCAUUUUAUAAAAAGCAACUCCUUUUUGAUGCGGUCCGUGAUUUGCCGCUGAUGGAUGAGAGUGAAAAAGCAGAGUUCAUCCCUAUACCGCCUGACUAUGGCUAUGCUGCUCCUCGUCUGAUAUUUGGUUUUACAAGUUUUGGCAACAAAAUCCUUGGCUGGGGCAAGGUUGACCCCGAUGUGCAACUUCUUGAUUUCCAGUAUCUAGUUAUUUGA